AUGCGCUACAGUAACCCAUUCACGGGUGCCCUUGUGAGCAGGCAAAUCUCGAAACUCGAAAUGACACUGAAAAACCUGACUUACCUGGACGAUGUGCGGCCUGAAACACUGGUUAAAGGCGUGACUGCCAUCCGCAUGCUACCCAAAAGCGAUAGGUGGGACUGGUUGAAGUACAUGGCGCUUCUCUUCCAUGCCGAGCAAAAUGUAAUAGGAUCCACGGUUGCAGUUGUGGAGGACCCAGUGUUUUUCAGUCAGUUCUCUUCCAUUUUCGACAUCGAGAACUACCGGACUGCAAUCGCCAAUUACGUCGGCUUCAAAGCCAUGGUUACUGUCGCACCGCUGAUGCCACCUGGCUACGCGGAGCUUUAUGAGCUGGGCUACGGCUACGAGAUUCUCAAGUUGGAGCCGCAGCUCCUCGCGUGCACGCUGCUAUUAGAACAUAUGUACCGAUACGGCGUUGGCAUCGCGGCUAAGCUGACCCUGAGUCAAGAGUUCGCCAGCGUCUACCGGCGCCACCUCGACGCCCAGCUGCAAGACCUGUUCAACGAGACGCGCGUAGUAUUUCGACAGAUGCUCGGAUUCGGUCAGUCAUGGUUUUCUGCCAGCGACCUCGAGCAGGUUCUACGAAAGCUGGACAGACUGUCGAUUGUUUUCGGCACGCAGGAUAACUUUGUGCAAUACGAGGAGUACCGGCAGACACCUCCAUUGCCACGGGGACCGAACGACACGUUGCUCGGUACAGCAUUCACAAUGUUCUCGCGCGCAUCCAGCUUAUACUGGAAUGCUUGGAAUAGCCGAUACACUACCGAGAGGGCCUACGAUAACGCGUACCACAUGUCCGUGUUCGACUGGGGAUACGAGUACCAGCUAGGUAACAACCUCGUGUUCCUUCCGAAUGCCAUCGUAGCUUUCCUCACCACCGUCUCCAACAAGAUCCCCUUCCAACAGUACCCUGUCGUUCUUGUUCACGUCGUUAGGGGUGUCCUCAAGGCUCUACUUCGAAGCAAUUCGGCUUUUGUUGACGGUCACAUUUUGCGCGGAAGUUGGUGGAGCGCCGCGACAGUGGACACUAGCGAGAACGCCACUAAGUGCAUUCAGCGCCAAUACCGGGCCGCAGCAGCAGCUGAGUUUGGUUGGGAGCAACCUUCCGAAGAAAGAUGGAGUGUCGCACGCAUCGAGGAAGCCUUUCUAGACAACGCAGUGCUGUUGCCCCUGUACGAACUUUACGAACGCGCGCUUAGCAGCCACAACGCCACGGACAUGUUCUAUCAGUUGCCCGACAGGCGGGUCACGAUGAGGGAACUGUUCUUCUACAACUACGUGGUGGAAUUCUGCGAUGACGGCAACAACGAGUCGCGGAGAGCGCAGUACUGGCUGGGAAUUACGCCCAGCAAUUGGCGUGUGAACAUCCCCCUCUUAAACUUUCCGAUUUUUCGGAAGGCCUUUGCUUGCAGUGCUUGGAAGCAACCUCAGCAGUACUGUCACACGUGGAAGAACAUCGGUUUAUAG